GUCAUCCCCUGAAAGUCAAAAUGUCCCGGCUAUAUAACAGCCUACCUUGUUGGCCAUAACUAUUCGAGGGCAGACAUUGUUAAAGAUAUUGUUAAACUAUAUUUCAGAUUUAUUUUUGUUUUGUUUUGUUCACUUGUGACCGAAGAGGAAGUUUCAUCUGGAAACGUCUCUGUAAGGUCAUCUUAAAGCUUAGAGAAGGUCUACGUUUAAGGUAGCAGCCAUGGUGUUGAUUCUGGGCAGAAGGAUGAACAGGGAGGACUCUGGGAUCAGAGACUCACCAGCUGUCAAACGCAAGGUGUUUGAGGUUGACUCCAAAACCUUUGCCAGCCAGGAUGUCUUGGACUUCUGUUCUGGCUCAUCCCACUCAGAGGGCAUUCUGCAGGUAUUCAAUGAGUUUCGCGACUGCCGCCUGUUCACUGAUGUUGUCAUCAGUGUGCAGGGCCGUGAGUUCCCCUGCCAUCGCGCUGUGCUCUCUGCCUGCUCCUCCUACUUCAGAGCCAUGUUCUGCAACGAUCACCGUGAGAGCCGCGAGAUGCUGGUCGAGAUCAACGGCAUCCUGGCUGAGGCGAUGGACUCCUUCCUCACCUAUGUUUACACCGGCCGUGCCAAAAUCACCACAGAGAAUGUCCAGUUCCUCUUUGAGACCUCCAGCCUCUUCCAGAUCUACACACUGCGUGAUGCCUGUGCCAAGUUCCUGGAAGACCAGCUGGACCCUUGCAACUGCCUGGGCAUCCAGCGCUUCGCAGAUGCCCAUGCCCUGAAGCAGCUAGCCAGCCGAUGCCGCAGUUACGCCAUUGCCAACUUCUCAGACGUGGCUCAGCACGAGGAGUUCCUCGACCUACGCAAAGAAGAGCUGGAAGAGUACACUGGCAGUGAUGAGCUGGCCAUCGGUAAGGAGGAGGAGGUGUUUGAGGCAGUGAUGAGAUGGGUGUACCACGAUGUGGAGCACAGGAAGCCCAUGCUUAAGGACCUGCUGCACCAUGUGCGACUGCCCCUUCUGCACCCCAACUACUUUGUCCAGACAGUGGAGGGAGACCAGAUUAUCCAGAAUGCCCCGGAGUGCUACCAGCUUCUCCACGAGGCCAGACGCUACCACGUGCUCGGAAAUGAAAUGAUGUCACCCAGAACUCGUCCACGCAGGUCGACUGGAUAUUCUGAGGUGAUUGUAGUGGUGGGGGGUUGUGAGAGAAUGGGGGGCUUCAACCUGCCCUACACUGAAUGCUAUGAUCCAGUCACAGGAGAGUGGAAAUCCCUGGCCAAACUACCUGAGUUCACCAAGUCAGAGUAUGCUGUCUGCGCCCUCCGCAAUGACAUUCUGGUGUCAGGUGGUCGUAUCAACAGCAGGGACGUGUGGAUGUAUAACUCCCAGCUCAACCUGUGGAUCAGAGUGGCUUCUCUUAACAAAGGCCGCUGGAGACACAAGAUGGGCGUCCUACUGGGCAAGGUCUAUGCUGUGGGGGGCUAUGAUGGGCAGAGCCGCCUGAGCAGCGUGGAGUGUUAUGACUCCUUCUCUAACCGCUGGACGGAGGUGGCUCCCAUGAAAGAGGCGGUCAGCUCUCCGGCCGUGGCCAGCUGCGCCGGCAAGCUCUUUGUCAUAGGAGGAGGGCCUGACGAUGACACUUGUUCAGACAAGGUUCAGUGCUAUGAUCCAGAGACGGACUCUUGGUUACUGCGGGCCAACAUCCCCAUCGCCAAGCGCUGUAUCACAGCAGUGUCCCUCAACAACCUGAUCUAUGUGUGUGGGGGUCUCACCAAGUCCAUAUUCUGCUACGACCCCGCAGAGGACUACUGGAUACAUGUGGUUCACACCUUUAACAAACAGGAGAGCUGCGGCAUGUCAGUGUGCAACGGCAAGAUCUUCAUCCUUGGUGGCAGAGGGGAAACCGGCGAAGCAUCAGACAACAUCCUGUGUUACGACCCGGCAACAGGGAUCAUCACAGGAGUGGCAGCCAUGCCGAGGCCGAUCUCCUACCAUGGCUGUGUAACCAUCCACCGCUACAAUGACAAGUACCACAGGACCUGACCGUAAACAAGCUCACACACUAAAGAACUUAAACUCUUUUAAAAACGUAAGCUCUUCAAGUUCACCCCCUGCACAACACAAACACACACUUACAACAUACACAUUAAGGAGCUCAGUCCACAGUACCGUUGGGCUAAUUUAUUUUCUCACCGCAUCAUGUAGCAAUACUCAUUGUGGUGUUGUAAAUCUUUUGCUGUUGUGUACUAUCGUUAUAGCCCUUCUGUGGAAAUGCUAAGUGGUUGAUAAUGCUAAUGACUCGUCUGUAACCUGAGCUAAAGUGGAGUCAGAUCAACAUGGCAGAUCUGCCUUGCAUUAGCAGUAACUGCACAAGGCUGGGAAGUAAUGGAUCAUAUCUCACAGAAGUAAAGGAAACCGAUUAUGAUAAGGGUAAAAUAAAUAAAAAGUAGCGAUAUAAUAAAUAUUUUAUUGAAAAUGAUACGAGACUAUAAAUUGUAAUUGCGAGAUUAAUACUUAACCUUAGGAUCAGAUAUCUAGGGUAACAAUAUUCUAAACUUAAGGUUCACUUACUAUUAAGUUUACUGAAGAAGAGGCAGGGUUGGCUCAGUGGGUAGAGCAGGCGCACAUAUACUGAGAGGUUUAUGCCUCGACGCAGAGGUCCAGGGUUUGAGUCAGACCUGUGACGAUUCCCUGCAUGUCUUCCCCCUCUCUCUCUCUCCCUUUUCUCGCCUAGCUGUCCUGUCCAUUAAAGGUGGAAAAGCCCAACAAAAUUAUCUUUAAAAAAAAUAAAAAGUUUACUGAAGAAAGCCAAGGAAUAUGGUUGAUAACUCAAUGAAAAGUAAGUAAAAGUCAGUUCCGAUUAUUACACGGCCUUGAUGAAUACUUCAUUCUGAUUGGUCAAAUUUUUUUUUUUCUGUAUAACCGACCGUUAAGUAUAACAGACUGUUCCCAUAGGUAGAGAUUUGAUCAGACUCUGGCGGACCAUUUUUAAAUCAACAUUUGUGCUAUACGGAGCUCAUACCGCUAAUCAGCGAAUCAAAGGGAGAGAGAGGGUGGAGGAAACGGGGAUCGCUAGCAGAGCUAAUGGCAACAGUGCAAACCGAGCAUUAGUUAGCUCUAACAUGUUUAGCUUACUCACUGGGACGACCUGGCUUCCGCCGGAGAGCCCUACGUGCUCAUCACCAGUAAAGUUAACCGUCCCAACCGGGACGCAGACAAGUAACCUCUGUAUGAGCAGCCGAGUAAUACGUCAUGUAAUAAGCGGGAUAUGUGGAGCUCGCUCUACUUAUCACUUAAAUAUUUCAUUAUAAUAUUUGUACAUAUUGUCUAAGAAAAUUGAACAUUGAAUUUUGUAAAUGACAAUUAGUAAACUGUUUGCUUACCUAACUGCAUAUUUGAUGGAUUUAAUACUAACUGAAAGGGCUAAAAGUCCUAAUAACAUUAUUGAGUUUUAGUAAUUGAUUUUGUGACGACAGUGAUUAUAAGCAGGUAAUCCGUUUAAAAGGGAACUUCCCAACACUGUGCUUUUAUUACUGUGCAAAGUUAACAUCACCCUGAGAUCUCGGUUGCUGAUGAGCUGAAAUGAACUCAGAGAGUGCUGAUGAACAAAAAAAAUGCCAUUAGGCAAACAUUGAAAAGAAUGAGCCAAUAAUGAUCUGCCAGCAGAAGAAAAAGCCAUAUGACUUCAUUUUAGACUGAUAGAUGAGAUGUCAGGUCAGUUUUCUAACCUUGUACCCACUGCACUCCAUGUGGAUACAUAUACAUACAGUACAGUACAACGCAGUACUGGUAAAGAACAUUACAAAGUACUGUCCUCCGUUUCUUUUAACUCUUGACUCCUUGAUACUAAAAAUGACCUGAUAAAGAAAUGUGGUAAACAGUCAGCCAGCUGCUCUCCCACAGUAUCAGUGGUCAUAGGUACAAGUUGCUCUCACCCGUUGGCCCAGAUCGGUGUUAAGAGAAGAGAUAAAGAGGCUGGAACAAAAUAUUGGAACACAGCCACAGCCGUUAGCUCUUCCCUUUUUUAUUUUCACAUCCCUGCACUUAUCACCUAGUUCUACUUCCCAUGUGCAUUUCCCUUUUCCUUCCUCCAGCUGUGUAAUCACCUCACAUUUAGAUAUCACCUUUUCAAGCUUUAUUUUUGCUGCAUUUAAGUUCUUAAUAUUACACUCAUUACUGACUUUUUUUUUUUUUUUAAGUUAUACUUUUUUGUCUUUUAGAAUUGGAUGGUUACUGUAUUAUAUGUAGCUUUGGUGUGUCAUUUUAUAUCAUUGUUAGUUCAUUGGUGUACUGGGCUUGUGGGUGGUUUUGUAGAUGUGAGAAGCCUUUGUAGAUCAAACUCAAAGACGGCUCUGAAUUAGUGGUGUGCAUGUAUCGUAUGUAACGUAUGUGUGCGACUUUUACAACUCUGUCUGGAUGUGUCGGAGCCAAGGAGAUUUAUCAAGGAGUUUAUCAUUGCGCAACUCAUAACAGGGGUUUUCACACUAAUGGUGGCAUCUCUCACCUGUGCACUUACAUGUUUUUCGGGGUAACCAUAGAUACCUCCAGGUGUGUAUGUGUCUAUGUGUGUUUACUAGUCAGCUAAGGUGGUGUGUGUGUGUGUGUGUGUGUGUGUGUGUGUGUGUGUGUGUGUGUGUGUGUGUGUGUGUGUGUGUGUGUGUGUGUGUGUGUGUGUGUGUGUGUGUGUGUGUGUGUGUGUGUGUGUGUGUGUGUGUGUGUGUGUGUGUGUGGCAGUGCUCUGAAUGACAAGGAUUUUGGAUGAUGUGGCUCAUGGUCAGUAGACCUUUUACUACAGUAGGCGUUGAUAGACUAGAGAUAUUGCUGUGAAUAUAACUUUUUUUUUCUUUCUUUAACUUGUAUUUAAAUGUUUGGUUGCAUAUUGAGUUUUUCUGUAACAGAGUAUUUGACAGCACUUUGACAGAGUCCUGUUAAAUGUAGAAUUAUAUGACGUUGAUUUCCUUCCUUUUUUUUUUUUUUUUUUACUGUAUCAGUAAAUGUUCUUUGUUUUCAUGUGACGUAUGGAAGAGACUGUAAAAGGGCCUGUCAGCGUCUCCUGUUGGCCGUUGUCUGCUAUGGCUCGGUUAUUCUAACAAAAACAACAUAAACUGCUAGACAGAGAACAAUGUGUGAGGAAGAGAGUUUUGGCUUUCAAUUUUAGGUUAAAAAGUUGCGGAUCAGUGAGUUUACAUUUGUUAACAAUGUGUAACUUCAUACACAGCAUAAGCAUAAGAACAUCAGGGAUUGUGCCUCCGUCUGUCAGUCACAAUGACAAAAACAGGUGGAGGUCUUUCGGCUUAAACCCUCCUCGAGGCAGUUGUUUUUUUCUGGAUGGUUCAGUGUCAGGUCUUCAACAGAAGUACAGUCUGGAAAGAAAACCAUCCUCAGGCCCGCCCCACACUCCUAGACAUAAGUAACAUACUGUACCUAGGGGUCACUCAGGAAGCCAACAAGAGGUGGCUAAGAGGAAAUAAUGUGGUAAAGCAAAAGUUAGAGGGAGUUAGAUAAAUAGUGAUAGAGAGAGAAUUUGAGUGUGUGUGCGUCUGUGAUUCCACUGAGUAUUUACACAUAACACGUUACGUUGAUUUAUUGAUUUUCAUUAUUAGCUUUAUAGAGGCCUUCAUACAUUGUUUGCUUUAAUAAGAUUAUUCAUCGUUAUUGUCUAUUGAUUUGUUUUUGUUUUUUGAUGGUUGUGUGACCGUUUGUUGCUGAGAUGUUUUGACUUCCACAUGCAAAUGGCAUGCUUUAAAUUAAACCCCCAAGAGCUGAGCAUUAAAUGUUGAUUGAUUGAUUUUGAUAUCAAUGCAGAUAUAAAAUAGAUUAAAUUCAAACCCACUUUGUUGAAAAAUGCAGAUGGUUAAUUGCGCUUGUAUGCAAGAUGGGGGCUUUAACAUGUUAAUUGCAGAAUGUUGACCUGUGUGCCUUAAUAAAAGAAUGACGAGUGUGGAAUUAAAUCUUAUCAUUUUGUUAUAAACUUUUCUUAUUGUAUGUAUGAUGUGAUAUUUUAACACCACUUUCUCCUCAGAUGCUCUUUGUCUAACUGCGAGGAAGCUUUGGAUUAUUGUAAACUGCAGUAUGAAAUGUAAUGGUUGGCUUGUGUAAGAGAAACGUCAAUAAAGUUUUUCUUUCCAUCCCAA